AUGGACAAGCAGAUCGAAACAUGGGUAGCCGCUUGCAACAGAUGCCAACAAACACGUUCCACCCCCCCCCCCACAGCACCACCCUUGGAAUGGGAAACCCCUAGAGGCCCCUGGUCACGGAUCCAUGUAGAUUUCGCCGGCCCCACUAAAGGACACACAUUUCUGAUUACCGUCGAUGCUUAUUCAAAUUGGCUGGAAGUUUGCACUAUGAAAACAACAACUACAGAUGCUGUCAUAACGAAACUAAACAAACUCUUUGCCACACACGGUUUGCCAGAUGUGCUAGUGUCCGACAACGGACCACAGUUCACGGCACUGGCAUUCGAACAAUACCUGGCUGACCGAGGCAUCAGACAUGCCUUAACAUCGCCUGCUCACCCAGCGGCAAAUGGGCGGGCGGAACGAAUGGUUCAGUUUACCAAAAAAACCAUACAAAAAAUAGAAGACGGCAACAUUCAGGAGAAAAUUAAUAAAAUGCUACUAAUACAACAUAUCACGCCUAACACAACCACAAACAAAUGCCCAGCGGAAUUACUUAUGAGCAGAAGACUCCGCUCACCACUAGACCGCUUACACCCCACAUAUAAUCCAGAGAAACCCCCAGGCUCCACCAGCCGACACCGAGCAUUUAACAUUGGCGACACUGUUUUUGCAAAAAGUUUCACCGGAGACCCUCUCUGGGUACCUGCACAAAUCACCCAAAUAACCAGACCCCGGUCAUACCGCCUAGAAACAACCGAUGGGCGAAGCUGGAAGCGACACAUCGACCAGCUACGGUCAAGGCUAGCCAGCACACCUCACACAGAUGGUAAAGAAAUCAGAUUGUGGGGGGGGAAAUCUCAAACAUUGAAAAAGAAAAACUCUUAA